CCCCCACUGUUGCUCCAACUUCAUGAAAUCCUCCCUCUUAUCGUCCCGGACUGUUUGGGGGAUGUACUCAUCGAGGAACAUCUUCACAAACUGGUUCCAGGUGAUCUCAAGAGGUACCACUUCACUCUCCGGCUGGAGAUGCCACCAAUCCCUAGCAGUUCCCUGGAGCACGUGGACAGCCAUGGCGAUCCUAUCCUCAUCAUUAUCA